GAGAGAGAGAUAAAAGAGGAGUGCAUGUAAAGAGGAGUAAAGCAUGUCCUGUUCACACAGACGAGAAGCCAGACUGACACACAGAGCUGUUACAGAGAUGUGAUCGGGACAGGACAGUCAUCAAAGCUCCUCCUCACCUUCACGAUAGAGCUCGCUUGUCCUCUGGAUUUCUGGACCUUUAUGGACCUCCAGUUCUUCGCUUUGUCCCGUCGGUUGUCUUAAUCAGGGUGACGCGCCCACAUGGCAGAGCAUGGCAGCCUCAGGGUGCCGGCCAGGAGCUACAGCCGCUUCUCCUGCAAAAACUACAAAGUGAUCUACACCGACUGGGCCAACCAUUACCUUGCCAAGUCAGGACACAAGCGUCUGAUCAAGGACCUGCAAACGGACGUCACAGACGGAGUGCUGCUGGCUGAGAUCAUCCAGGUCGUAGCCAAUGAGAAGAUUGAUGAUAUCAAUGGCUGUCCCAAGAGCCGUUCUCAGAUGAUUGAGAACAUUGAUGCCUGCCUCAGUUUCCUGGCAGCCAAAGGAGUCAACAUCCAGGGUCUGUCUGCAGAGGAGAUUCGGAAUGGUAAUCUGAAAGCCAUCCUCGGCCUCUUCUUCAGCUUGUCCCGCUACAAACAGCAGCAGCAGCAGGCCCAGCGGCAGAACUCCCAGCCCUCUCUCCCACCCACCGCCCAGUCCCAGAGCACACACCCUCCCCUGAGCCAGCAGAGCAGUGCCCCAGCCCAGCUUAGCCACUCUCCGCAUGGGACUCCUGCCCUUACAGCCCAGAAAGCAGCGCAGGCCGAGAUGCAGUCCAGGGAUGGGUCUCAGAGUAAACUACUCAAGUUUUCCCUUGGUCAGAAAAAGACCUCUAGACUUCCCGGCCCCACGUCGAGGGUGUCCACUGCCGGCGGUGACAUCCCUCCGAGAGGCUCGGUCAGUGCUGCUGGGAACAGACGCAGCCAGGGCUUCAGUGAUAAGACCAAAGCCAGCUCGCACCAGAACAAAGAUUCCUCAGAGGGCGCGACCUCACAGCCUUCGGUGAUGACUGAGCAUGCUCCCUCAUCUGCUGUGACUGUCAGCUCCUCCACCAGCAUCCCCGCUGCUACCUCCGCCCUGAUUCCCCUCUCAUCUUCUUCGUCGUCCUCGUCCUCCUCUUCCACAGCCAUUCCCCAGCCAAACAACAACAGCAAGCCCUGGAGGAGCAAGUCGAUGAGCUCCAAGCACAUCUCCCCUCCUCCUCAAUCCUCCACCAGCACCUCCUCGUCUGCCAUGCAGUCCUUCAAGCAGGAGAAAGACGCCUCCUGUAAAGCUGCUCCAGCAACUGAAGCUCCUCCUAAGGUUGUCACUCAGAAGUCAAUGCUGGAGAAGCUUAAACUCUUUAACAGUAAAGGAGGCUCCAAAUCUUCCACCUCCUCCUCAUCCUCUUCCAAUGGAGUAGGGGCCCAGACGGACAACUCUGGCCCAGCCAGGCAGCUUAGCACGGGGCAGGUGGAGAAAGCCGAGACUGGCUCCAACACGGACCUCCUGGAGGAAGAUGACGGUAACGUCCGGCCCGGGAUGAACGGGACCAGUAACGGUACGGCCUCCGGAGCAGCUCCAUCAGCAGGUAAUGCUGUCUCCACAACUGCCAGCAGCCCCAAAAUCGCCCUGAGGGGCAUCGCCCAGCGCACUUUUAGCAGAGCUUUGACUGCCAAGAAGGGCUCUGUCAAGGGCCCCGAGAAAGACAAGGACAAGGAGAGGGGGAAGGAAAAAGAGAAAGGGAAGGAGGUGGGGAAACGCAUCUCGGCCUCCGACAGGACGGAGCUCAGAGGGGAGGAGCCUAAGGAGGAAGUAUCACCCGUUGCUGUAGACGCAGACAGCUCAAACAAAAGGACCUCCAAAAUUGCCAGCUUCAUUCCCAAGGGGGGUAAAGUGGCCAAAAAAGAGAGUUCCACCCCUGCACACAGCGGAAUACCAAAGCCAGGAGGCAAAGCCCCAGGUGUCGGGGGGAAGGCUUCCUCAGUGAAGGACGCGGGGGAGAGGCCUCGGAGCAUGCGGUUAGGAGGGGGUCUCGCCAUGCACCGCGGCCCCCUGGACAGAGACAGGGACAGCAGACACUCCAGCUCUACCUCCAGCCUGGCCUCCACAGAGGGCAAGACCAGCGCCGCCCCCGUGGCAGGAGGAGGCACUACACAGAGCACAGCCAGCAACACAGUCAGCGUGCAGCUACCUCAGACUCAACAGCACCACAGCCACCCCAACAUGGCCACCGUCGCACCUUUCAUGUACAGAUCCCAAACAGACGGGGAGGGAACAGCAAACACUGACAGCGGCUCAGGAGGAGGAAGAGGGGGAGACGUUUCCUUUACCAAGACCAGCCAGCCCUCCAUCGAGGACCUUUCAGGUGAAGACCCAGAGACGAGGCGGUUGCGAACUGUCAAAAACAUCGCAGACCUGCGGCAAAACCUGGAGGAGACCAUGUCCAGCCUGCGAGGAACUCAGGUCACACACAGCACCUUGGAAACCACUUUUGAUGGCAGCGUCACCACAGACAUCAGCAGUGGCGGCGGUAGCGGUGGUGGUGGCGGCAACAACAGCGGUGGCGGUAGGAGCAUCCUCAGCCUCACUUCUACCCGCCCUUCCCUGUCGUCAUGGCGACUGGGCCAGUCUAGCCCUCGUCUGCAGGCGGGCGAUGCCCCCUCCUUGGGGAACGGCUACGGUGGCCGCGUGGUUGGUGGCCAGGGAGGACGUUACCUGUACCCGGGGCACCUCCGGCGGCAGCUGGCUGGCAGGGGAGGAGCCCUCUGCAGCGUGGACCUCGGAGACAGAGCCGCAGAGGACAUCGACCUGGACGGCAUCACCAUGGAGGUCACUGGGUACAUGAGCGACGGAGACGUGCUGAGCAAGAACGCUGCGCGAACUGAUGAUGUCACCAGCGGCUAUAUGACUGACGGAGGCUUGGGUCUGUACACACGGCGCCUGAACCGCCUGCCCGACAGCAUGGCCGCCGUCCGAGAGACACUCCAUCGAAACACGUCGUCGGGACAGGGAGACGCUGACAGCUGGGAUGACAGCAGCUCUGUGAGCAGCGGCAUCAGCGACAACAUUGACACCGAUGACAUCAACACCAGCUCCUCCAUCUCUUCCUACGCCAACACGCCCGCGGCGCAGCGCAAGGGCCUCAACACACAGCCUGUGACGGAUGCAGAGAAGCACUCGGCCUCCACUGCGCUGCAGCAGGCCUGGUCAGGAGACGAGGUGAAGAGGCCAGACGGCGGGUCAGACAGCGGGGUCAGGAUGGAGCCAGGCUCCAAGUGGAGCCGCCGGAACCCCUCCGAUAUCUCUGAUGAGUCCGACAAGGGUGGCUCGGGGAGGAAGACCCCCUCUGUGUCCCACACGGGCUCCUGGAGGAGAGGCAUGAGCACUCAGGUGGGGGUGACGUCCCCCCGGACUAAAAGCACCAGUAGCACGGGCUCCACGGGCUCCAUCAGCCUCAAGACCCACAGCUCAGGUAAGACUGAUGAUGUCAAGGUGUCAGAAAAAGGACGCGUGUCUCCUCGUCCUAACGGCCUCCACCGCUCGCCGUCAGACGCAGGACGCAGCAGCGGCGACGAGGCGAAGAAGCAUUCCAUCUCCACCAGCCGCACGCCCACAACAAACGCCCUCACGCACACGGUCUCAGACCCACACUCCCAGACCCACACGCUCGCCUCGCGCACCCCAACCAGCACCUUCGGCUUCAAGAAGCAGGGCCCUGGGAUGGUAACCAUGGUUACGGCCAGCGGUGCCACCAUCACCAGCGGCUCGGCGACCUUGGGCAAGAUGCCGAAAUCCGGGGCGCGCUCGCUGGCAGGAGGCCUAAAAGCCGGCGGGCAGGACGGAGGCUCGGCGCUGGGUCACCACGACGACGGCUUCCUCCCCAUGAGCGCCCGCUCCACGCUGCAGUACCGCAGCCUGCCGAGACCCAGCCGCUCAGGAGCUGCCGCCCGCAACGGGAACCGCUCCUCGACCAGCAGCAUCGAGGCCGCCGUGCUCUCUGUGACGUCUCACGGUAAAAACUCCAUCAGCAUCGCCAAGGCCAACGGCGCAGGAGGCCUGCUGGCCAAUCAGACGGAUCGGGAGAAGGGCGUCUCUGAGAUCGACAACCUGAGGAGCGGAGUCGUGAUGCAGAGCGGAGGAGCAGCGACUGUUCCUCUGACAGGAAGGCAGCAGGUCUCCUCGCCUACACUGCGCAGGUUGUUCGGUGGGAAGCCCAGUAAACAGGCUCCGGUCACCACGGCUGAAAACAUGAAGAACUCCACCGUUAUCUCCAACCCCCACGCUACCAUGAACCACGUGGCCACGGUGCCGGAGUCCCCCGAUGGAGGGCUGGGAGGCGGGGACAGCGAGACCAGCAGCCCCCUGUUUGGAGGCAGAGCGCUGGGAUCAGGGACGGGGACGCUGGGCAGCGAGCAGGCCUCCAGUCCCGGCUCAGUCUACUCCUCCACCGGCCCCUCCAACAGCCUGACGUGGGGCACCACCUUCAGCAGCUCCUCCGCCCAGAGCAGGGAGAGCACGCUGGGCGGGCACGGCGGGGCGGGCAGCGUGGGCUACCCCUCCGUCAGCAGCAUGCACACCAGCAGCGAGUCCAUCGACAUGAGCCUGGGCAGCGCCGGAGGAGGUGGCGGCCAUGGGACCCACAGAGAGGACACCCUGUCCGCGCUGGGCCGCACCGGCAGCGUGAAGACUGGCAUGUCUGAGAGUCCCCUCUCCUCUCCCUCCGCUAGCCCUAUAUUCAGCCGAAACACGCUGCCUCGGAAGCAGGACAGCGGGCCACAUUGUGGUAGAAACACUCUGCCUAAGAAGGGACUCAGGUAUGGCCCGUCUCCACAGCUGCGAGGCCACGAGGAGGCCCGUGAUUGGCUGCGCUCCCACUCCACCAGCGGGCUACAGGACUCGGCCAGUAACUCCCCGUUCUCCCCCGGCUCUAGCCUCACCUCCCCGUCCGGCACUCGCUUCAACUUUGGACAGCUCGCAUCCAGUCCAACCUCAGCAGCUCAGAUCAACCUCGCCGGUCUGCGCAACAACAGCCUGACCAAUCAGGACGUCUCCUUUGACCCUUGCGGCGACAAUCGGCUGAGAAACUCCUGCAUGUCGCUGGACGAGAAGACUCGCACCAUGAGCCGAUCGGGCUCCUUCAGGGACGGCUUCGAGGAAGUUCAUGGAUCAUCCCUGUCCCUGGUCUCCAGCACCUCUUCCAUUUACUCCACGAAUGAGGAGAAGUCUCAGUCGGAGAUCCGCAAGCUGCGCCGGGAGCUGGACGCCUCCCAGGAAAAGGUUUCCGCCCUGACGACACAGCUGAGCGCAAAUGCUCACCUGGUGGCAGCGUUUGAACAGAGCCUGGGCAACAUGACCAUCAGACUGAAGAGUCUCACCUUGACGGCAGAGCAGAAGGACUCUGAGCUGAAUGAGCUGAGGAAGACCAUCGAGCUGCUGAAGAAGCAGAACGCUGUCGCUCAGGCUGCCAUCAAUGGAGUCAUCAACACACCUGAGCUCACGCCUAAAGGGGACAGGACAGCCGGCAGUAACGGCGGUCCACAACAACAACAGCAGCAGCAGCAGCAGAAUCAGCAGCCAGACCUGCGCAUCAGGAGGCAGCACUCGUCCGACAGCGUCAGCAGCGUCGCCAGCGCAACCAGCCAUUCAAGUGUGGGCUCCAACAUGGACGCUGACGCAAAGAACAAGAAGAAGAACAAGAAGAACUGGCUGCGAAGCUCCUUCAAACAAGCGUUCAGCAAGAAGAAAUCUCCCAAGUCGGCCUCGUCUCACUCCGACAUCGAGGAGAUGACUGACUCGUCUCUGCCGUCCUCCCCCAAGCUGCCCCACAACGGCACCACAGCCACCAGCCACAUGCUCAGGAACACACACUCCAACUCGCUAUUAUCAGAGUGUUUGGACAGUGAGGCGGAGACGGUGAUGCAGCUGCGGAGUGAGCUCAGGGAGAAGGAGAUGAAGCUGACUGAUAUCCGCCUGGAGGCUCUCAGCUCCGCCCAUCAGCUGGACCAGCUCCGGGAGGCCAUGAACCGAAUGCAGGUGGAGAUCGAGAAACUGAAGGCUGAGAACGACCGUCUGAAGUUGGAGAACCAGGGCAGCAGGACGGGCUCCCAGGUCUCCAUCUCAUCUUCUCCUCCCCCUCACACAAACAGCCAGGCCCCAGGACCUGGUCUGUCCCAGCACAGCCUCAACCUCACCACCAGUGAGUCCACCAGCUUGGACAUGCUGCUGGACGACACCGGCGGUGAGGGAGGGAUGAGGAAGGAGGGGAGACACGUCAAGAUCCUCGUCAGCCUGGACGAGGACAGCAAGUGGGGAGAGGAGGGCCGGCCUCGCCAUUUCCUGAUUGGCUGCAUUGGUGUGAGUGGCAAAACCAAGUGGGACGUUCUGGAUGGAGUGGUCCGACGCCUUUUCAAGGAGUACAUUACCCACGUGGACCCUGUGAGCCAGCUGGGCCUGAGCUCAGACAGCGUGGAGGGGUACAACAUCGGAGAAAUCCACCGGCCCAGCAGCCUCAGCGCCGCCCACACGCCCGAGCUGCUGCCCUGUGGAUACCUGGUGGGAGACAGCAACACCAUCAGCAUCCAGCUCAAAGGUGUGACCAGUGAGAACGUGGACUCGCUGGUGUUCGACACUCUGAUCCCGAAGCCGAUGCUGCAGCGCUACGUCUCCCUGCUGAAGGAGCACAGGCGAGUCAUCCUGUCGGGCCCCAGCGGCACGGGAAAGACCUACCUGGCCAAUCAGCUGUCUCGACACCUGCUGCUGCUGGAGGGCCGACCUCUGACCCCGCACGCUGUUGUCACGUUUAACGUGGACCACAAGUCCAGCAAGGAAUUGCGUCAGUACCUGUCAGGUCUGGCCGAGCAGUGCAGCGGCGUCCCGGGGGUGGAGAGCCCUCUGGUGGUCAUCCUGGACAACCUGCACCACGUCAGCUCCCUGGGAGAGAUCUUCAACGGCCUCUUCAACUGCAACUACCAGCACUGUCCCUACAUUAUCGGCACCAUGAGCCAAGCCACGUCAUCUGCCCCCAACCUGCAGCUUCACCACAACUUCAGGUGGGUGCUGUGUGCCAACCACAUGGAGCCGGUGAAAGGCUUCCUGGGUCGCUACCUGAGGAGGAAGCUGAUCGAGAUGGAGAUUGGCAGUCGAACGCGCAACAUGGAGCUGGUGAAGAUCAUUGACUGGAUCCCGCGGGUUUGGCACCACCUGAACCGCUUCCUGGAGACACACAGCUCCUCAGACGUCACCAUCGGACCUCGUCUCUUCCUGUCAUGUCCCAUGGACGUGGAGGGAUCCAGGGUUUGGUUCACUGACCUCUGGAACUACUCCAUCAUCCCCUACAUGCUGGAGGCCGUGCGGGAGGGGCUGCAGCUGUACGGCCGCAGGGCAGCGUGGGAGGACCCGGCGGCGUGGGUGAUCGAAACCUACCCGUGGACGGCCACUCCCGCUCCGGCUGAUUGGCCCCCGCUGCUGCAGCUCCGCCCGGAGGAUGUGGGGUUCGACGGCUACUCUGCCCCAAGAGAAGGAGUCAGGAAAGAGCCCCCACAGAGCGACAGCGACGCAGACCCACUGAUGAACAUGCUGAUGCGCCUGAAGGAGGCGGCGACGUCGUCAAGCCCACAGAGCUACGACAGCGACUCCAACAGCAACAGCCACCAGGACGACCUCCUGGACUCGUCGCUGGAGUCGACCCUGUGAUGCCAUGGAAGCGCAGCACUGGGAUCAGUUUUCAGGAGAAACUUUUUUUUUAUAAGAAAUGUUCUCACUGUGAGAACGUCUCGCUGAGGGCAUAAGUUCAUGCCACAAAAUCCAGCCACCUUAAUUUGGGUGCAGGUAACCCAAACAUUUAAAAGAGAAAUAAAGAAAUAAAAAUCGCAUUUCAGAAAACGGGCAACAAAAGUUUCUACUGCACUGCGCUGUUUUUUUUUUCUUCUUCUUCUUUCACCGCUGUGGCCCGUGGCUCCCGUCAGGAGCCUGACAAGUACUUCAGACAGACAGAAUAAAAGCACACAGCCUGUCACUGUUGGUGAGGCAUCAUCAUUACCAUCAUCAUCCAGCCAUCAGCAGACGUAGACACCAGCCAGGAGUCCUCCAUCCUCCACUGAGCUGCAGCAUCAGCUCCAGGUCAUCAGCCUGAGACGCUCCUGGUCCUUGUUGCUGCCCAGCUGCAGUUCGCCUGCGCUGCCUGCAGAUGGCAAUACAGACCCUUGUCUCUGGAGCAAUCGGCUGCUUGGCUGCUGAGAGCACAGAUGAGGCUGCUGCUCGCGGGAUGGAUGGAUGGAUGGAUGGAUGGAUGGAUGGAUAGAUGGGUGGAUGAACAGCCACCCUCCCUCCCUCUGCUUCUCCUCCUCAUCUACAGCUGAAACUGCGUGUGUGAUUGCUGGAGGACAAAUUGAGCCAAAGUGAAUGUUGAGUCCUACAGAAUGUUCUCACUUCCAAAAACCCCUCAGACAAAUAUCUUUUCUUUCCACAAUAAAUAAAUAAGAGCACUAAUGAAAACGGUUCCCGUCGGAUACAUGUAAAUCUGAGUGUUUCUGAGUUAAAUGUUUGUAUGCAAAGGCCUUAGUGGACAAACAGGAUCAGAACUGGUGUGUUUAUAAUUGUAAACCCAAACAUGGCAACACAAGAACUUGGCAAAUUCUGUGGAGAAAAAAAACCUUUCCAAACUAAGGAAACAAGUUCGGUCAGUUUAACCAAAAAUUCUCACCACGGUCCCGCUGACACUUCUCGACACAUCGCAUGGUGCAUUCCAUCAAGGCUGAGAAACCAUUCCUCCACCAGAAAGUCGUUCCUUUGAAAUGGAGCAGAACAACAUAGCGACUGCAUUAGUUUUAUCAGCCAAACACACACACACACACACCAGUCAGACCAGUCAGACCUACUGGAAAUGAAAAGCUUCUCUUAUCCAGUAAAACAUCUGUGGCCAAUUCUACAAAGCAAGACAAGAGCAAAACCUAAAAAAAGACUUUAAGGAGGAAAGAGAGCUAACUGGGAAAUGAACAUUCACCAUGGCUUGAUUUAUCCUUUUAACUUUAAUGGUAUUUUUAAGAUAAUGUCCCUUUCUGUGUGUGUGUGUGUGUGUGUGUGUGUGUGUGUGUGUGUGUGUUGUAAUUUUACGUGUAAUUUCACAAAUAACGCCUCUGCCACUUCUCAGUUCUUGCUUUAACCCCUCAGACUCCUCUGAGAUCUCCAUGCACAUUGGCCCAAACAGGCUGCUGUAGCACAAAAUCUCUUUUGGUGCUGGACUGAAUUCUGACGAACAAUGCCUUACUCUUUUCUAACAGACUAUGUGCAUUAGCUGAUUCUUUAUUUGUCUAAACGGCUGUAAACUUAACAGGGCUCCGAGUCGACUCUCCCGUUGAGGAGCGGCGUUGACCUCUCAUCAUAUCAAACACCAAUGCCGUGGGAUCGAAGAGACGCGAAUGAGAAGCAGUACUUUGUGUUUCAGGUUUUAGUUGUGUGCAUGUAUGACCCAGUGCUGAGGCGCUGGUGUAAAUAUUUGGACCACUGGCAGGAAAGAGAAAAAAUUAUAUAUAUAGAUGUGUUUUGGUGCUCGAAUUCGGAACCUUUUGCAGGUCGAUUGGGUGAGGGAAGUUUAAGACGUGUUGAUUUUAUACCUCAUCCCCAUCCUUUAACUAUGCUUUCACCGCACUCAUUGUCUGGUUUGAUUAUGUGAUUUGUGAGGAACGAAACUGUCAUAACAAACAUGUUGAACUAAUUAAGUGAAAACUAGUUGUAUAUGCUGCUUUGUUUAUAGUGAUAUAAUUAAUCGGAGGUUAAAGGUAUAAAGGUACUUGUGGUUGAAUGAUAAUGUAAAACGGUUUGACAUCAUUUCUGUGGCUUUAAAAAAAAAAAAAAAAAAAAAAAUUAACGUUCUCUUUCUUUGUUUUAAACCUCC